GUGACAAAAUUAAUUCGGCAUGAUUACAAUUAGCGAACGGACACAUACCGGAAAAGUGCAGCUAUUUGUUGCUUAAAUCCCACAGGCAGCCCCAGAUUCUUACCGUUCGUAUUGUAUGUAAACUGUACAAAGCAUUUAUAAUGACGAUUAAACCAUAGACAAUAAGGAUUACACAGAUAAAAACGGGGUGCUUGAUUGCAAACUACAUUUCCCAUCAUGCAACGCGACUGUUAGGUCAUAAGUAUGUGCCCAGGUUUGUUUUGUGGUGUUGGAAAGUGACGAGAGGCGAUUUGUUUAAAAAAAUGUUCAUGCCAAGAGCUCUGAAGGUGAAAAGACCUGCCCAGGGACCUGACCCAGGUUUGAGUAAAAAAAACAAGGUCUGUCCAGAGUCCAGUAACUCAAGUAAGUCAGAGGCACAUGUGCAACAAGAGGAAGAAAAGAAAACACCCGUUGAAACAGUAAAAGAGGUAGAGGAGCCUGCACAUUUGGUAGAAAGACACAAGUCCUCAUCAGAUGAAGAGGAGGAACCAGUGAAAUCCUUCAAAAAGAGCCAGCGAUGGCCUGAGCCAGGAGAACCGGUCUGUGUGAUGUGUGGUCGCUAUGGAGAGUACAUAUGUGAUGCCACUGAUAAUGACGUUUGCAGUCUUGAGUGCAAAGCCAAACAUCUAACGAAGAUGGGAUUUGGGACCGGGGCGGAAGCAUUUACUGGAAAAGACAUUAACCUGGAUGGAAAGUCUGAUCAGCUUAAUCCAAAGGGGUUGAAAACUUUGAAAACUGGAGGUGAUGCUGGAAAAGAAGAAGUCUUCUAUUCCUACAAGGAAGAUCGGUUUAUAUCAGAUCUGACAGAUGAGCAGGUCCAACGAAUAAAACAGGAGCUUGGCAUUGAUACCCAGGGGGACGAUGUCAGGAAACCUAUACUUGAAUUUGAACAUUGUGCUUUUCCUUUGACGCUAAGUAAUAACCUGAAAAAGGCUGGUUAUGAGGCACCCACGCCGAUCCAGAUGCAGAUGGUGCCAAUUGGUCUCACAGGCAGGGAUGUGAUUGCCAGCGCGGACACUGGAUCUGGAAAAACUGUAGCCUUCUUACUGCCUGUAAUAGUAAGGGCCAUGGAGAAACCAGCUGACGGUGUGUGCAGCCCUGUAGCUCUGAUCCUGACCCCCACCAGAGAGCUGGCCAUUCAAAUCGAAAGGCAGGCCAAGGAGCUUGUGAUAGGACUCCCCAACAUGAGAACGGCGCUGCUUGUGGGUGGCAUGCCCCUCCCCCCACAGCUCCACCGCCUCAAGAGCAGCAUCAAAAUUGUCAUAGCUACACCUGGAAGACUGAUUGACAUCCUGAAGCAGAAAGUGCUGCAACUUGACAAAGUGAAGGUUGUGGUUGUUGAUGAGGUCGACAGCAUGUUAAAGAUGGGCUUCCAGCACCAGGUCCUUGAGGUUCUGGAGCCAGUCCCUGAGGACCAUCAGACUCUGCUGACAUCAGCCACCAUCCCAACAGGGACGGAGGAGCUAGCUGCUCGCCUGGUCCGAGACCCGGUACGCAUCGCUAUUGGCGAGAAGAACCAGCCAUGUGCCAACAUUAAGCAGAUCCUGCUUUGGGUGGAAGAACCUUCCAAGAAGAAGAAGCUGUUUGAGAUUCUCAAUGAUAGCAAACUGUACCAGCCCCCUGUAGUGGUGUUUGUUGAAUGUAAAGCGGGAGCAGAUCUGCUAUGUGAGGCGGUCUCCAAGGUGACAGGUCUCACCACCGUGGCGAUCCACUCAGACAAGAAGCAGUGGGAACGCAACCGCAUUCUCAAGGGUCUUCUGGAUGGGGAAUAUGAAGUUGUGAUCAGUACAGGUGUUUUAGGCAGAGGGCUGGACCUCGUCAAUGUCAGACUGGUUGUGAACUUUGACAUGCCCAACACGAUGGAUGAGUACGUCCACCAGGUUGGUCGAGCAGGGAGGCUUGGACACAGGGGAACAGCUAUCACCUUUCUCAACAACAACAACAAAAGGCUGUUCUUGGGAGUGGUGAACCGAGUCAAACCCACUGGAUCCAUUUUGCCUCCUCAGCUUUUAAACUCACCUUACCUCCAUGAGCAGCAAAGGAGGGAAAGACAAAAAUCCACACUGGGACCUGAGGAUACCCUGGUCACCAAGAACAACCUCCUUGACAUCAUAAAGAAACACCAUCGUAGCAAGAAAUAGUUGAUUCAAGUCAAUCCUGCAUUUAGGUUGUUUAUUUAUUAUUUACAUUUCAGUUGUUUUUUGUUGUUUUUGAAAUAAUAAAAUGAUUCAAUGUCAAAAAUCAUUUGGGGUAAAAAAAAAAAAAGAAAUAGGACACUGUUUUUCAACAAGUCUUAGGUCAUGUUUUGUUAUACAUUUAAAUGUUUUAUUAUGUUAACUAUACAGUUCCAUAGUUAAAUCCAUCUCUCUCUCUCUCUUUCUAUAUAUAAACAUAAAAAACAACGA